AUGCUCGCUGACGGCAUCCGCGCUGCGCACGAGUGUGCACUGAGCGGCGACUAUCGCACUGCCGUGUCGACACUCACGUCGUGCAUGGAGGCCAUUCACGGCGCGCUGGUGGCUGCACCAUCCUCGCCGGCGCACGGCUCGCCUGCUGGUCUUCGCGCGCUCCUUGCCCAGCUCGUUCUGGAGCUCAAAGUGCUUCGCCGCCUCGAAGUUGCCUCCUCCAUGCCCAUCAGCACCACAGUGACUACUACUACUACUACUACUACUGAUGCUGAUUCCACUGGUGUCAAGAAGUCGGCCGGACUGCCGCCUGCUGUUGCAGUGGUUUCACGACAUUAA